AACAGAUAAUCAAUAAAGGUUAUUCGUUGUUACAGAGCACCGUUUUCGGGUACGUCGUUUCGGGCAUGUAUACAGGAUCCGGAGGAAACCCGUCGUUGUGUAUCAUCAGCAAUAGUAGUGGAUUAGAUGCGAUUUUAGAACGGUUUUGGCAGAUAGACGACUUCGACCGCGAACGAGUAUUGUCACCGGAUGACAGAUGGUGUGAAGAACACUUCAAUCGCACGGUGGCGCGGCGUGACGACGGUUGGUAUGUGGUGCGGUUGCCAAUACAUGAAGAUCGGAGAGAAUUCCUUGGUGACUCAUACCAGCUAGCACAACGUCGGUUUCUAGCAGCUGAGAGGCGAUUCGGGUACAAUCAACAGCUGCGCGACCAGUACUCACGAUUCAUGGAUGAAUACGCGAUGCUCGGACACAUGGAACCCGGUAUACGAACAGGAAAUGAGACGCGCCGUUCACGAUUUUUGGAAACGAAGAGGAGCGCAACUACCGCGUCGGCGAGUUAGUUUUGCUGAAACAGGAGAACAUGCCACCACUCCAAUGGAAUCUCAGAAGAAUUAUCGCCACGCAUCCAGGCAGCGACGGUCGGUGCAGAGUCGUCGACGUGCAGACUCCCUUGGCCGUACAGACGAGCAAUAACAGAAGUUUGCGCACUUCCUGUAGACGUGGACCCCAUGUUAUCAAGAGUCGACACAAUAGAAGAUGUAGUUCAAAGCGCGACAGGGCAACCACCCCAGCCAAGUCCAACGGUCUGACAGAAUCUCGGUUCAAAGGAGCGGUUGAAGAAACUGGCGAUUAGUCUAAUAGGGUUGAACCAAUGUUUCAACGGGGGAGUAUGUUUGAUCAUUUUCAUUCACGUUGGGAAACCCUCUUAUAACGCCCUAUUUGAACCACUACAAAUAACCAAGACUCCGUCAAAACGUUUUCUGUAGAAUUUCAAGUAGUUUGGUGACAUUCUAUAUGAACUAUAUUAUCUAAAAAUAUUGAAGUAGUAUUAGUUUUAAGUUGCCAGGUCAAGACGAAUUUAGACCGAAAUAAAACGACACUUGGAU